UUCAAUAUACGAUAAUGUUGUUGUAUAUUGGAGUAUUUGUACCCAUUAUUCUCUCCUUCAUAUUCUACCAGAUAAGUAGGAGACAUAAGAGAAAUAUGCCCUUUACAAAAUUGCCAAUCAUUGGCAUGCUACAUGAUCUUCUCCUAAAUUUGUCCAACAUUCACGAUUACGCAAUCUUGGUUUUGAAACAUUAUGGAGGUACUCUGAUGUUCGAAGGACCUUGGUUCACAAACAUGAACUUUAUUCUCACCGCCGAUCCAAUGAACGUGCACCACAUCACAACCAAGAACUUUAGCAACUAUGGGAAAGGGUCCAAUUUCGGUGAAAUUUUUGAGUUUUUUGGAGGAGGGAUUAUUAAUUCUGAUAAUCUCCAUGCAUGGAAACAAGAGAGGUCAAUACUUCAUUCACUGUUUCAAAGGCAAAACCUUAAGAUCUUCCUUCGGAAAACCAUUCAGAAGAAGCUAGAGAAUGACCUAAUUCCAUUUCUUGAUCAUACAUCCGAGGUUGGAACUGAGGUAGACUUACAAUUUGCCCUUCGGAGGUUCACAUUUGACAUUGCCUGCUCUUGUUUUCUUGGUUAUGAUCCUCACUCUCUUCCAAACAAGAACACUAAGCUUUCUCAACCUGCUUAUGAGAGAGCUUCGGUUGUGAUCGAGGAGUCAUUAUUUCACAGGCACAUCACACCGAGAUUUUUGUGGAAGUUGCAGGAGUGGCUCCAGAUUGGUCAAGAGAAGAAGCACACCGAGGCCAAAGAAAUUUUUGAUAAGUUCUUGUAUGAAUGCGUUGCAGCCAAGCGUGAAGAGAAAAACAGAUGCAAUAGCACCAAAGAAGUCCACGAAUCUGAUCAUGACUUGUUGGGAGUGCUAAUGGAAGAAGGAGCUCAAAAGGGGAGAAUAAUGGAUAACAAGUAUCUUAGAGACACUGCAUUUACCUUUGUCUCUGCUGGAAGUGGCACAAUCAGUGCAAGUCUCAGUUGGUUCUUUUGGCUUGUUUCAACUCAUCCACAUGUGGAAGCUAAAAUUCUUGAAGAGAUCAAAGAUAAUUGCAUAGACCAAGAUGGAUCUUGGAUUGCUUCUGGUGUGGAAGAGUUUGGAAAGUUAGUUUAUCUCCAUGGAGCUAUAUGUGAAGCACUGAGGCUUUUUCCUACUGUGCCCUAUGAUCAUAAGUGUGCAAUCAAAUCUGAUACACUUCCUAGUGGACACCAUGUUAGUCCAAAUACCAUGAUUUUGUACUCUUUGUAUGCAAUGGGAAGAAUGGAACAAAUAUGGGGACAUGAUUGCAUGGAAUUUAAGCCUGAGAGGUGGAUUUCAGAGAGUGGAGACAUUAUACACGUUCCAUCUCACAAGUUCAUAGCUUUCAAUGCAGGCCCUAGAAGUUGUUUGGGUAAAGACAUUACUUUCACUGAAAUGAAGAUGCUUGCGGUUGCUAUACUCUGGAGGUUUCAAAUGAAGGUGGUGGAUGGUCAUCCUAUAACACCAAGAGUCUCUGUGGUGCUUACCAUUGAACAAGGCUUGAAGGUUAUGGUUACUAAGAGAUGCACUUGAUAGAAAUCAUUUCAAUAAUGGCAGAUGAUAUUUAUAUUUUAUGUCUUACGACCUACUUUCGGUCUCAGUUUCUACUUUGUUUGUGAUGGCUAAAUAAUGUUGUGGUUGUCCAGUAUUAUAAUAAAGAGAAAUAUCAGCCAGUGGGUUUAUUCUCUUAUACUGAUUAAUUAGUAUAAGUGUGUUGGGUUUAUAGAGGAAAUAUUG